UCUUGUGUGUGUAUAAAGGUGUUGAUCCACCUGCUCAGCUCCACCUGACGGAGCUCAGCCUCUGCUGACAUGUAGCUGUUGUUGUUUUAGACGGUCUGCUCCUUUAAGCUGUGUGACGACACACUCCUCCUGACGGUGACGCGCAGGGAGCUGAACACCUGAGCAGGUAUGAGGCAGUGAGACACACAGAUGCACCUGCACAGGUGAACUGUGUCGACACUGAAGCAUCCUGAGCUGCACUAAGAGAUAUAAGAACUCCUCAGUGGCUGGAUGAAGAGCAGCGUCAGAGGAUCGUGACGUCAGAGGAGCUUUGUUAAAGAACACGAAGGAUCAACUCAGCAGAGUCAGAACUGAUCCGGACUCAGACCUGGACCCGAACAUGACGCUGUUACCUGAACAUCACUGGCUGUAAAACCUGAGCAAAAAGACCAGGGGGCGGGGUUAUACAUAAGACUGAUGACAUCACGCUUACGUCAUCGCUUACUGGUGAAAGUGCCGCUGUUACAACCAUCCAGGUCUCCCCGACCAGAACUUUGAACUGGUGAGCAGAACCAGUCUCAGGACUUGUGGGUCUCUGCUCCUUUAAGUGAGGGAAGAAACUAUCCCUCCCUCCCUCCUCCUCCUCUCCUCUCCUCUCCUCUCCUCCUCUCCUCCUCUCCUCCUCCCUCCUCCCCCCCGGUCGGCCUGCUCUGCUCUGGGAGGAGGAAGCCGCUCCUCCGGAGCUGCGGUGGGGAUUUGAACGCAUCUCCGCGCAGAAGACAGCGGCGCACGGCCGGCUCAGAGCGCAGCGGGCGGGUCCGCGUCACUUCAGCCCUGCGGUUUGGAUGUUUACUGAUCGGAUUCGGCCUGCUGACUGAAACUGGACCGGCUGCUUGUUCGGUCGGUUGGUUGUUGCCUGGAGCUGGAGGCCGGGAUCCGGACAGUCAGCCGGGCUGCUGCUGCUGCUGCCGCCGCUGGAGGAGCGUCGCCGUCGGUCGGUCCCGGUGGAGAACCUGCGGGGACCUGCUGCCGCCGCUCCGCGCGUGUGUGUGCGGUUCUCUCCGCGGCUGGACCCGGUGGACCCGGUGGACCCGGUGCAACACGGGAUUAACUGAUCAGCGCUCCGGUUCCGGAGAGUUGGAUGUGUGUUUUGCCCCGCAGGAGUCAGCUGGAGUCCGGGCGGAGAGACCGGGCCGAUGGCGCAACGGUAUGAAGACCUGGCCCACUACGGGCUGGAGGGGGUGGGUGGAGUGUACGCAGACCCUCACCACCACCACCACCACCACCACCACCACGCCGCGGCCGCCCGCUCUCUGCAGGCCGUGCACCUGGCGGCCGCCGCUGCCGCCGGUGCCGGUCCAUACCCUCCACACCAGUACCCCCAGUCCACCCACACCAGCAGCAGCAUGGCGGCCACAGCAGGGGACGCCGCCAAGAGGGACAAAGACGCCAUUUAUGGACAUCCUUUAUUCCCGCUGCUCGCACUGAUUUUUGAAAAAUGUGAACUGGCGACCUGCACGCCGAGGGAGAGCGGCGUGGCCGGGGGAGACGUCUGCUCCUCGGACUCCUUCAACGAGGACAUCGCCGUCUUCUCCAAGCAGAUCCGAUCAGAGAAACCUUUAUUCUCAUCAAACCCAGAGCUGGACAACCUGAUGAUCCAGGCGAUCCAGGUGCUGCGCUUCCACCUGCUGGAGCUGGAGAAGGUUCACGAGCUCUGCGAUAACUUCUGCCAUCGAUACAUCAGCUGUCUGAAGGGGAAGAUGCCGAUCGAUCUGGUGAUUGACGACAGAGACGGGAACAAGUCGGACAGCGAGGACUUCAUCAGGUCGUCAGGGAACAACAUGGACCAGAUUUCGUGGAGCAGAGAUCACGACGACGCGGCAUCGAUCCGGUCGGCCGGGACACCGGGCCCGUCCAGCGGAGGACACACGUCUCACAGCGGAGACAACAGCAGCGAGCAAGGUGACUGCCUGGAUAACGGCAUGGCGUCUCCCAGCACAGGGGACGACGACGACCCCGACAAAGACAGACUGCACAACAAGAAACGAGGAAUCUUCCCCAAAGUGGCCACCAACAUCCUGAGAGCCUGGCUCUUUCAGCACCUGACGCACCCGUACCCGUCGGAGGAGCAGAAGAAGCAGCUGGCUCAGGACACCGGCCUCACCAUCCUGCAGGUCAACAACUGGUUCAUCAACGCGAGGCGGCGGAUCGUUCAGCCGAUGAUCGACCAGUCCAACAGAGCAGUGAGCCAGGCAGGACCGUACGGCCCAGAUGGUCAGCCAAUGGGAGGCUUUGUUAUGGACGGACAGACGCACAUGGGAAUCAGACCACCUGGUCCGAUGGGUGGUGUUGGGAUGGGGAUGGGUGUGGAGGGACAGUGGCACUACAUGUAGCACCACCUCCACCUCCCUGCAGCCAGAGGCCUCGCCCCCGACCCAGGAAACCACCGACUCUCUCAGCAGGUCUGCAGUCCUUCUUGGCGGGCGUGAAGCAGGACCUCACGCCUCCUCCUCCUCCUCCUCCUCCUCCUCCUCCCCCUUGGCCCCUCCCCUCCGGGCAUCCACCUGGCCCCCGAUCAGGAAACACCUGAUCCCCGCCGCGCCUCCACGGCCGCCGCAGACGCCUCGUGACUUAAAAUCCAGCAGCUGAAGCACAAACAGAGAGCGCGGUGACAGAUGGAGGUUCUGGAAGGAAUCAGGAGCAGCUGUGCGUCCUCACUGAGGGUUCUUCUGGAUCAAACAUCGACGUGGCGUCUGUGGAUUUGAUCGCUUCCUGUGAUGUCAGCCGACCAGAAUGUCGUCCAGCAGAUUUCACCUCCUGAUCCUCUCUGCACUACAACUACGGAAGCCUCAGUGGACACUUUGACACCAGCAGAGCGUCCUCCCUGCUCUCCUCCGACGAACACACGCAGCUGAUGUCUGUAUCUUCCCGAGUUCUUUUGAAACAGAACGCGUCCACAAACCUUUUAUUGUUUUUGUUUUCCGAGAGACUGAAGCUCUGAAAAAUGUCGGGCAGAGGUCAUGUGACCGAGCGCUGUUAGCGUGGACUCUCCGAGGACGAGAGACGAGUCGUCACAGGCCGCCGUCUGCAGGACUUCCUGUUUUAAAAGACUUUUCUGUUUCACUUUCACACUGUGUGUGUUUGUCUUUUUUCAUAGACUCGUGUCUUUUCCCUCGAGACCCACAAACCCUCUGAGUUCUCAAAUAAAAAGAAAAAAGUGAAGCAA